GCCCAAUAUAGCCCAAAACCCACAAUCUAUUUGGGCCAAUAAAACCCUAAAUCCAAUCCAUUCCGAUCCACCCAAGCAAACAUCAUAUCAUAUAAGCAAGGCUAACCCUAAAUCGCUCUUACUCUCUUUCGUCACUUUCGGGGGAAGAGAUCCAGCAGCAAUGGUGUACGUCAAGGCUCAGAAAUCAAAAGCCUACUUCAAGAGAUAUCAAGUCAAGUUCAAGAGAAGAAGAGAGGGAAAAACCGAUUACCGUGCCAGGAUUCGGUUGAUUAAUCAGGACAAGAACAAAUAUAACACUCCGAAAUACCGAUUUGUGGUUCGCUUUAGCAACAAGGACAUUGUUGCACAAAUAAUAUCUGCUAGCAUUGCCGGCGAUUUAGUUCUUGCUACAGCAUAUUCACAUGAGCUGCCACGAUAUGGUCUUGAAGUAGGACUUACAAAUUAUGCAGCAGCGUAUUGCACUGGUCUCCUGUUGGCCCGAAGAGUCCUCAAAACACUUGAAAUGGAUGAGGAGUACAAAGGAAAUGUUGAGGCUACUGGAGAGGAUUAUUCAGUGGAACCUGCCGAGAGCAGGAGGCCAUUCCGUGCACUCCUUGAUGUUGGUCUUGUUAGGACUACAACAGGAAAUCGCGUCUUUGGUGCCCUUAAGGGAGCUCUGGAUGGGGGUUUGGAUAUUCCUCACAGCGACAAGAGGUUUGCUGGGUUUGAUAAGGAGAAGAAGGAGCUUGAUGCCGAGGUUCAUCGCAAAUAUGUUUUUGGUGGACAUGUUGCUGCCUAUAUGAAGAUCUUGGCGGAAGAUGAACCAGAGAAAUACCAGUCACACUUCAGCGAAUACAUCAAGCGUGGGAUAGAGGCUGAUGGUAUUGAGGCACUGUACAAGAAGGUUCAUGCUGCCAUCCGUGCUGAUCCUACUCUCAAGAAAUCUGAUAAGCAGCCCCCGAAGGAGCACAAGAGGUACAACAUGAAGAAGCUGACUUAUGAGGAGAGGAAGGCUAAGUUGGUUGCACGCGUGGCAGCCAUCAACUCUGCUGCUGAUAAUGAUGAAGAUGAUGAGUGAAAGUUCAUUGCGGAUGCUGUCUCAUAGCUGCACAAGUAGAAACUAUUUUAUUUGCCUGUACUGUUUAUUUUCUAUGUCCAAAAUUUGGAUACUUUUUGGAGUUGAGAGCCUUAUUUUUGGUCAAUUUUGUGUUAAGCUUGAAUUAAUGUUUUACCUUAUUUUUAUGAUUCACUAUACCCAAGUAAUGUUCGUAUAAAAUCAGGUUUUGUUAACGUGUGAUCAUAAGCUGUCUGGUAAAUGGUAACUAGUAUGCGCCGUUGCCGUUGUUAAAUCGAGUAAAUUCAUUUAUGUAGCACUACCAAGAGAGAAGUUCAAUUGGAGUGUGUAGUUACAGUGUAUCAGUGACAAUUGAAGUGGAUUUAUGAAAUGUGAGUUAAAAA